AUGUCAGUUGAAAUCCCCUCCGACUCGGUCCUCACGAACGUCUUCAUCGACGGCUACGAGGUGAUGGCCACCACGGACGCCUUGCAGUACGGAACGUUGGAAAUCCAAGGCGUGAUCAUGAGCGACGACGGACAACAAGAGGAGCUGCAAGUCCGGGUAGUCAAGAUGCGGCCGUCGGAUUCCUAUAUGGGCGGCAAUUGGAGCGACGCAAAAGGCCAAGUGACAAUCAAGAGGUCGAACCUGACUGUCCGCGAGUGA